AUGUCUUCGAUAGCUGCGCCCUCGAUAUCCUCGAGAUCCUUCGUGCUAUCAGUAACCGAUGAUGAUAGACUGAGCACGAGCUCUGACAUACAUAGUCACAGUUCGCCCACCAAUGACUUGUGCUUUAUAUGUCGUCACAUCGAUUUCGAAUACGUUGGCUUCCACGAUUCUGCUGAAUAUGCUAGUAACAAUUACUUCUUCCAAAGGGAAUUCCCUACUUUGCUGAGUAGCUCGAAGAACUGUGUUUUCUGCAGGAGGCUCGUCGGUAUCAUCACGGAUUGGUUUGCAACGAAUCCAGGGGAUCGGACAAAUGACCUUGACAUCUCCAGGACCCACGUAGUGGUGUCUCUGGAAACGGAUUGGCAUGCUGUGAGUCCAGCGGAAGAUGGCCUUGCCGAUAAGAAGGCACAUUCAGAUCGGAUCAGGGUCAGCUGCUCUAUUCCACGGCUUGGUAUUGACAAUGAACCCGCGCAAUCGCAACACUUGACCUUCUUUCUGCAGAGAUAUGAAGGAUCAUCUGAUGAUGCAAGUCAGAAUUUCCAUCCGGAAGGCGCUAUCUCUCUCAAAUCACAGCCAUACUCCGGACGUCAAAGGCCCAUCGUAGCGGAUAUGGCGCUCUUCAAGCGAUGGAAAGAGACGUGUCAGGAGAUACACGGGGCAAAAUGCUCUCAAAUCUUCAAAGGGACCCCGAAUAUUCGACCACGGGUCAUCGAUGUUGAGCGCAGGUGCUUGACCUUCGCCGAGGAGAAUGAUAAGUGGGUCUGUUUAAGCUACGUCUGGGGAAAGGCGAAGACGCUGCGUCUCCUGAAGGAGAAUAUCCAGACCUUCUCACAGCCAGGCGCUCUUUCACCAGACAUUCUUCCUAAUAUUACCGAGGAUGCUUUGCAGGUUACCAAGGGACUCGGGGAGCGGUAUCUCUGGGUCGACAGUCUUUGCAUAGUACAGGACGACGACCAAGACAAGGCCAAAUUCAUCUCACGAAUGGAUUCAAUCUACACGUUAGCGACAGUCGUUAUCAUCUCCUCGACCUGCACUGAUGCCAACACGCCCCUUCCCGGAGUCAAACCUGGCUCGCGACGUCAGGAACCAGAGCCCUUUAGAAUUCGAGACGUCGCCUUGGUGCAAUCCCUCGACCCCUCGCUCGGCGUCAAGGUCGAUCUUCGCACAAGCCGUGCCGCGGGAUAUCUGGGGGAGACAGUCUGGGACACGCGAGCCUGGACUUUACAAGAGAGGUUCCUGGCUUCUCGGUCCCUUGUUUUCACAGCCGAGCAAGUCUUCUGGGAGUGUGAAGAGGCCUUCUGGUGCGAGGACAGCUUUCGGGAAAUCCCAAACAUCUCUCCAGACCCGCACCGCACAAGCCUCUGUGCAGGCGAGCUGAACCUCUCGUGGAACUCUGACAUUGUUACCUUUGACCAUUUCUACCGGGUCCUCCUGGAAGAUUACUCCGGUCGGGCAUUAUCAUUCGACAGCGAUGGAUUGAACGCGUUCCUUGGCAUCAUCGGCGCUUUGGAACGGUCCAUCGGCGAGACCUUCUUCUGGGGUAUGCCGACCGCGUUUCUCGAAUCGGCCCUUGCAUGGGGCCAUCGGAGCCAUGCAUUAAGAAGGAGACGAGGCGUCCAGACUCUGUCCCAGCACGAGAGCCAGUUUCCCAGCUGGUCGUGGGUUGGUUGGACCAGCGAUGGCCAGACUAAACUGGCUAAUCAAAACCUGACCAUGGAGGCUCUGGGGCUGCGGUUCUAUCGUGUCUCCGAUGAUGGAAAAGCAACGAUGGAAAUGAGGCAGAAUGCAAAGUUCAACAGCGAGGUCGAUCUGCUUGUUGAAGGCUCUGCACUCCCAGAUCGCUCGUCUAGACCCCACGAUGUCUCGAUGAAAGACCUCCCUGCCGAUGUAUCGGUAAGCCUCUCAUCACUUCUUUGCUUCUGGACCGCAUCUGCUCGUCUCACCGUGACAAGCCGCCAUUCACCCGAUGAGGCAAUGCCCGCAGACCCCGGUUCCUCGACCUGGGAAGUCACCCUGUCUCAAGGGUCCGACAGCCUCAUCCAGGUAUCCUGGUCCCACAUCGCACCAUCGCUAAAGCCAGGCGAUACUGUCGAGCUUGUUGCCGUCGCCCAGAACAGGGGCAGCUGGGAUGCUGGCCACAUUGACAACGGAGCUAUCGGCGUCAUGCUCAUCUCUUGGGAUUCAAAGGGUGUCAUAGCCACCCGGGAGGGGUUUGCAUGGGUUGCAAUUCGGGACUGGACUUCUUUAAGGGACCGGGAGUGGAGGCUGAUUGUGUUAGCGUAG